AUUAAAGAUGUACAGAAUUAUAAUUGAUCCACAAUCUAAAGAAGCAUGACGUCAUGAUGUAAAAUGAUGCUGGUUUAUUUCUUAAUCAUUGGAAACUCUGUCAUUGUAGAAUUUUAAUAAAGAAAUUUUUAUUCAUAAAUACAAACCUUUUGUACUGUUUUUUUUAAUACAGUAUCCCUUAUGUUCAAGCACAUGCAAGUAUGGUAUUACAGAAACCCAUAAUAAUCAGUAUGUGACUGCAAACUUUCAGCUUUAAUUCUGUUUGUUUAACAAAUACUUUAGAUUAGACACGGUUUGGGAAUUACAGACAUUUUUUUUACAUAGUCCCUCAUUUUCUGAAGCGUCAGUGACUGUCUGAAGUCUAUAAGCCAUAGACAUCACCAUGAAAUCAAACCAUGUGAAAGGAACAAAUGUUCAAUUCGUUUUAAAAUUCGCAUGCUGUGAUUAGAGAAAAAUGUCUGUCUGUGCACAUCACUUUAAAAGAGGAAAUCGAUCAGAAUGCUUCGUAAUAUGUUCAGUUAGGGUUGUUCCCUGGACCCAGGCAUCAGCAAUACAAAAUUAACAAAUAUACAUACAAAAUAUCAACAAACACAAAAAGACUCGCAUAAAGGGACAAAAUAACCAAAAUAGAUAAAAUGGCACAGAGAGAAGACAAUAUGAUAACCACUGUAUUUGUAUUAAUUUUGGCACGUUCGGCCCCUCAGAAAUAAUUUUACCUCAGACCUGGUAAGUACAGUUUUGAUAAGUGGUGUGGCCACUGGGUGACGCUACAGGAAAGGACUUUUAACGUUAUUGGCUUAUUACAUAACAGCUGAUUAGCGAAUAUUAGGAUCUAAUAAUAAAUAAAGAUGGCUAAUAAACACUAAACACUGUGCACUGGGGAAAAAAUCCGUGACAAUGCAGUGAUGCAGUAAUGUAAUAGUCAACCUCGGAAAUUAUUAGGCUUUUCCACAUUUUAACUGAACUGAAGCAGACAGCUUAUGUAAUUAUUAUCAUUAUACAAACGGGCUAUAUCCUGGCUCCACAGAGUUUGUCUCUCAGGAAAUAAAUAAGUAAAUGUCCCCUGCAUCUAGCAUCCCUGGCCGGGCUUGGUGCCAGCGGGAUGCAGGCUGGUGCAGGAUGAGGAUGGAGGGGAGGGGGGUGUACACAGAUGCCAUGUGCCUUUACAUAAUAGCAACUGGCUUUGGAUACAAUUGGAUGAGAAAUCGGUGGCCAGCAACGGCAGCAGCAGCAGCGUCCGUCCUGCUGUGUGCCGCAGUGCCCGAGCCCAACGGGGAGAAACGUGGCCGGGGACUUAGGUGGGGGGGAAGGCGGGGUGAGUGUGAGUGUUGCUGCAGAAAAAUGAUAGCGAAGCGUCACCAGGAGCGUGCGUGACCUCCAAGGAGCGUGAGUGUUUUUGUUUAUCAGCUCUACAUGUCGCUGUCCGGCAGGCGGUGUUAAUGUGUGUGUCCGUGUAUGAGUGAGCAUAUGUGAGAGAUAGCGGGAAUGGGGGGAGAGGGAGGAGCUGCUUGGACAUGAGUAAAUGACGUCAGCUCCCAGGUCGCCGAGCAGAGAAACAAACAUGGCGACAGAAUGGAGUGGACAGCAGGGUUACAUUCUCACCGUGGUUAUCUGUCUGUGGAGCGGCCGGACAGAGUCGGUGGCAGCCGCUGGGCCAGGUGUCAGCGGUGGAAGGGGAGGCGGCGGGGGAGGCGGCGGGAGUCAGGUGCUCGGCAUGAGGCUGGAGAGGAGCAACAAGCCGGCCAGCACCACUGACGAGGGUGUCAUCCAGGUGACCGAGGAGAGCUCCGUGCAGCUCCGGUUUUACGGGGUCCAGCUUCACUCGGGCGCCUGGACUCAGAUCCAGUUCACGGAGGUCAAGAAGGAGGAUGAGGAGGAUGAGGAGGGGGCGGUGGUGGCGGCUGCCCGGGGCGGCAGCGGUAUGAUGGACGCAGUCGAUAAAACUUGUGCGGAUUUCACGCAGGACAUCACCGUCGGGAACUUCAUGAACGUGAGCAGCCGGGGCACGUCGGGGCUGCUCAACGUGCACAUUAAGCCGCUGCGCAAAAGCGACCAGAAGAAAGAAUACGCUCUGUGCACGCUGAGCACGGGGGGCAGGUGGGUGCAGCUGGGGGACAGCGAUGGCCGGAUGCUGGUGGUGGAGGAGAAGAAGUCGCUGCUACCCAUGUGGCUGCAGGUCAUCAUGAUCUCGUGCCUGCUGGUCCUCUCGGGCAUGUUCAGUGGGUUGAACCUGGGGCUCAUGGCGCUGGACCCCAUGGAGCUGCGGAUCGUUCAGAGCUGCGGCACCGAGAAGGAGAAGAAAUAUGCGAGGAAAAUCGAACCGAUCCGCAGCAAAGGCAACUAUCUCCUCUGCUCGCUUCUCCUGGGUAACGUCUUGGUGAACACCACCCUCACCAUCCUCCUCGAUGACCUCAUCGGGUCAGGUCUGGGCGCCGUGGUCGCCUCUACAAUUGGCAUUGUCAUAUUUGGGGAGAUCGUCCCCCAGGCGCUGUGCUCGCGUCACGGGUUGGCUGUGGGAGCCAACACGAUCCUGCUCACAAAGUUCUUCAUGUUCCUUACCUUUCCUCUGUCCUUUCCCGUCAGCAAGCUGCUGGAUUUCCUGCUGGGACAGGAGAUCGGCACUGUGUACAACAGAGAGAAGUUGGUGGAGAUGCUUAAAGUGACGGAGCCUUAUAAUGACCUGGUCAAAGAGGAGCUUAACAUGAUCCAGGGAGCCCUGGAGCUCAGGACCAAAACUGUUGAGGAUGUGAUGACUCCCUUAGCCAACUGCUUUAUGAUCCAGGCAGAUGCUGUGCUGGACUUCAACACUAUGUCAGAGAUCAUGGAGAGCGGAUAUACGCGCAUACCCGUGUAUGAUGAGGAGCGGUCCAACAUUGUGGACAUCCUGUAUGUGAAGGACUUGGCCUUCGUGGACCCGGACGACUGCACAAACCUAAAGACCAUCACCAAGUUCUAUAACCACCCUGUGCACUUUGUGUUUCAUGACACAAAGCUGGAUGCCAUGCUGGAGGAGUUCAAGAAAGGUAAAUCUCAUUUGGCCAUUGUCCAGAAGGUGAACAAUGAGGGGGAGGGAGAUCCUUUCUAUGAGGUGCUGGGAUUGGUCACCUUAGAGGAUGUUAUCGAGGAGAUCAUCAAGUCGGAGAUCCUGGAUGAAUCUGACCUCUACACUGACAACAGGAACAGGAAGAAAGUGGACCCCAACAAAAACAAACGCGACUUCUCAGCGUUCAAGCAAGAAGGGGACAGUAAAGUGAAGAUCUCUCCUCAGCUCCUACUGGCAGCUCAUCGUUUCCUGGCCACAGAGGUGAGCCUGUUCAGCCCAUUCCAGAUCACAGAGAAAGUCCUACUGAGGAUCCUUAAACAUCCGGAUGUCAUCCAGGAACUAAAGUUUAAUGAAAAUGACAAACGAUCGCCACAGCACUUCCUCUAUCAGAGAGGCAAACCUGUCGACUACUUUGUUCUCAUUCUGCAGGGACGGGUGGAGGUUGAAGCCGGAAAUGAGAACAUGAAGUUUGAAACUGGCCCGUUCUCCUACUACGGAGUCAUGGCUCUAAGCACACCAACAAUGGCUGUCACCCCUCCUCUUUCCCCAUCAGUGGCCUCCCCCCCUCCACGACGCCUCUCUGUUAAGAGAUUUUCUCUGUUCUCUCGUUUCCCAGAGUUCCGUUCUCCGUCACAUGGGGGCAACCUCAACCGCUCGGCAUCUCUGAGCUGCACCGAACGGGCUCCAGAGAGCGGCUCCGUCUGUGGAAGCAACACUCAGAUCCCAGGCACACCGUUCCAGUACAUACCAGAUUUCUGUGUUCGAGCACUUUCAGAUCUUCAGUUUGUCAAGAUCACUCGUCCUCAGUACCAGAAUGGCCUGCUGGCAUCGAGGCUGGACAGCACGCCACAGUCUCCAGAGGGCAGUCACACACGCCUGGACACGUCUGUUUCUUUGCCCCCUGUGACGCCACCAGGGCCACAUACCCCACUGCCGCUGGCCACACCUCCUGUGAAGCGCCCUGCAUCCAAUUCUCAGCCAACACCUCCGAGUGACCGUACCACACUGCCCCAAACCACCUCUUCUUCCUCCAGCAGAAGGCCAAGCCAUUCUUUACCCCAGGCCACUCCUUCUCCAAGCAACCACACCCCCAUCUCCCAAACUCCUCCUUCCUCCAUGAGCACCACCCUGUGUGCCCAAAACCCCAAUCUAACUCUGAGCUCCACCCUUUCCUCCAAGUCUCGGCUAUCUUCGCCCUCUGUCAGCCCAGAGAACGGGCCAGGAGAGACUACUUCUCUGCUCAGUGAGCAGCAGAACUGCAUGGGCCCCCCACCGGCCCAGCCACCCUCACCCACAUGUUCACACAAUCAGUCACGCACAUACUGAAAGCACCAUCUAACUCAAAUCCCCUCUGGGAUGACCAAAACUACCUGUGCACUCACUAUCCCACAUUACAUACCACACGGGCACUAAUUCUGGUUCCUGUUUGCUUGUUGUCACCUGACCCUUCCUUUUGACCAGAAGCCGAGGAGAUCAACAGUCUGUCAGACCAACAGACUUCCUCCUCUGUCCCUUCCUGCAUGUUUCCCUACCAACACUGAAAAAAGACCAAGAGGAGAAUACAAAGAGGGAAAAAGGAACACUAAUGAGUAUGGUAUUGUAUUCUUUACAUGUUAAAAUAGUAUAACAGAGGAAAAAAGAGCAAACAAAGCAAAACAAAAGGAAAACAAAGCAAUAAUAAUUAUAAAUAGCCUACAUGUUCAUAAAGAAGUAGGAAGAAGCAUAAGCUUUAAUUUAAUCUCACUCCCUUUACAAUUUUAGUAAUUUUUCUGUUUAUGCCCUGUCCAUCAGAAAUUCUUCAUUACAAUUACUUUACAUGUUACAUGUAUUUUUUAAAUUAUACAUAUAUACAUGUAUAAAUGUUUUUGAUAUUUUUGCUCCCACAUUAUUAUAAUAGGGUAAAUGGAAUUGGGGCCAAACAAUAAAUACAAUUUUGUUUUCGCUCAUAAUUUUGGAUUCUAGCAGUUAUGGAAGCAGAACAACAAAAAUGAGCACUACAUGUGUUUUGGAAGAAAAUACUACAGAAUCUCUUCAAAUAGAACUAAAACUUUGGCUGUUAACGUCAUCACAUUAAUAGAACAGACAUCCCUACUAUAAUACUUCUCCGUACUAUGCAGUUUAACAUAAGACGUUAUUGCUGUUGUUUUAUUUCAGUUGCAUGGACGUUUGAGUUUAUUUUUAGAAAGACUGACAUUUCCAAAAGUACUAGAGUUAACAGUUGAGGUUUAUUCCAUUAGUGAUCAUUUGUUCGGUUUCUUGUUAAUGACAGCCUUCUUGACUUGUUUUUUGAAACUAAGGCUGGUUCUAAGAAGUCAUUGUUGUGACAGAUAAACACAUUUAUUUUUGUUAUUUACCAGCAAAAGGACCAGAUUCACUGUAUUGAACAGCUUCUUCAGUAUAAGUUGACACAUACUGAAAAACUGGUGGUGAUGCGUGUUGUAACCUGUUUUAAACCAAAUAGACCGGUUCUAUUAUGUCUGAUCUUUUGGGGAAAAAAGGCUGGACUUUUCCUUAUUUCAGGAAGCCAGUGGUUUUGAACAAUGUCUUUAUGUCAGGUAAAUCAAUCAGCACAAUGGCGAAAAUUACUUGUGUAUUUAUUUUACAAAACAAACAAACAAAAAACUGUGGCUUCCUGAAAAAAAGCUCAAAAAUUGCAGCUUCAAAUUUGUUAAUUGGUAAUAAAAAUCACAAAUUAAGGUUUAAUUAAGGUGCUAAAAAACUGGUACGGUCCUUUAAUGCAGUGUCGCUAGAUUUGUGAAGGUGGGUGUCGGUUUGGCCUACCUCCUUAAUGCAUUUUUUUUAUUUAUUUAAUUUCCAGGAGCAAUAUUAAAAUAUUUAUUUUGAAUAAUAUUAAUCUAUGAGUAUUUGACAUUUAAUUUGUUAUUUAUUUGACUUUUAUUUAUUUUUUGCUUACUUUUACUUUUGACAAGUUAGAGGACGGGCAGGACAGAUAAUAUUUAUCUUGACUGUCUUCCACUUCCAGUACAUAUCCCUCACUGUGAAUAUAGCGUCCAUACACAAGAGGCUGAACGAACUGGACAUCAGCUGUUUGCAACACUUUGUGUUCACUGAUAUGUCUGAUCUCUUUGUUAUAAUUUCCAUAGUAAAGCUAAGUUAGAUGCUGUUUAAACCUCAACAACAGUAAGAUGAGGAUUAAAUAUUCCAGAGCAAGUACCAUGUGUGCUCAUGGUUUUUCAUAGCAAGUGUAUUCAGAGCACAUUUGGCUGCUUAAAAGAAACAAUAUCUGUUAUCCAAAACUCCCAACCAAAGUCUGUGCUAGCUUCGAAUGAUCUUAAAUAGGAAUAUAGUUAAUUAGAAUAAUUGGUGCAAUUUUUAGAAUUAAACAUUACAUAAGUAGGUCAGAAUCUGUUAGCUUUGCAAAAGACUGGAAACUGACUACCUACAAACAUCUCUGAAGCCUACGGAAUAAAACAAAAACAGACUAACUGGAAGCUACAGUGUAUUUUCCUUUAAAACUGUAGUAUGUUUAUUUGGUUGGUUAACAUUGUUUAGUUUUUAGCACCUUUUAGCAUGUAAGUCUUAUAAAAACACAAAAAGAUUUCCGAUUUUUUUGGUAAUGUUUUCAAAUUUAAGUCUAUUUUCACCCAACUACACACUGCACUGUAAUCAAGUACAUUUGAGACAUAGUACAAAGUACAGUUGUACAGUCAGACACGGUGCAGAUCAGUUGUAAUCUCGAGGUGCUGAAACACAGUCUCAAACUAGUGCUGCCCCCACUUCGCUGCUCUAGAAAAUUGUUGAGUUGCCAGUAAGCACAAGAUUAAUAAGCGAUGGGCAAAAGUCGGCUUAUGACGUGAUCUUAGAAUGUAGCUCGUUUGAAUUUAAUGGACAACAAACACUGCAUGUCUUCAAGGUGAUUCACCCCAGUAGUUUUAACCUUUCCCUUAAAAAUCCUCUCUGUUCUUGUUCAGUAUUCUUGACCAGAGAUACAUUCAUAUCCUUGAUACAAUGUGAACUACAUUUUAAAGUGUAUUUGUAAAUAGUACUGUUCAGCCCAUGUUAAGAAGAAUGAUUGUUUUCCACUGGAUGAGGAGAUAAAGAAGGGGUGAGGGUUAAGUACAAUGUUAAAGCUGCUAGCAUGUAAUCUAUCUUUUUUUCCAUCUGUCUAAAAGACAGUUCAACUGACUUUAACGAUAAGAUAAAAAGAGAGACUAUUUUUUUUAAGAUCUAGUGAAAGAUAUUUAUUUGAAAAAAUACCGACGUAUAAGCUAGUUUUACAAAAAUGCAUAUGAGUUAUGUAGCAUAAAACUCUAAAAGUAAAAAUUCCAAAACAUUGUUUCUUUGCCCCCAGAGGGCUAAAAAACUGGGUUCCUCUCCAGGAACCGAAAGGCCACAGAUUCACUGUGGGUCAGUUGUUUUGGGUUUGAAUUAAUUUUUUUAUACUGCGAUCUUGUUUUGAAGUGGAUUCCAUUGUAGAUAUGUAGUUUAGACCGUAUUCUUAGGGCUGUAAGGGUACACAAAACUUACUGUUGGUCACAUUUUUGGUUCAGCAGAAAAACAAAAAGUACAAACGAAUACUUUGUUUAAUUUAAACCUAAAACUAAUAAGUGUUUGACUCACACGAUUUCCAAAACCAAGGAAGUCUUAUCAUGAAAUGAACUUUGUAUACCCUUACACCCCUAUUGUCGUUAUUUCAGUUUUGUGCCUCAAUGAUGCAUAUUGCAAAACUGAUUUUUGAGCAUAGAGCAAACUGUAGCCAUGCAGUAUUCCAUUAUCAGCAUACCAGACACUAGGAGAGGCCUGGGCAGCUAAUUUUUGCCCAGGGGACAAAUAUAAGUGAAAUCCAGCCAUGGAAAAUAGCUGCAAUAUGUGAAAAUAUAGAGUUUAUUUAGCAGGAUCUUUCUGACCUGAGGGCAAAAAACCUGUCUGUUUAAAGCAUAUAUAUGUAUAGUCAAACUAGCCUUAUGUUCUGUUUCAAGAAAAUUUCCACUUCUGGUUAAUACAUGUCAUGUAGCAAUUAGUUUUACUGGUUUCCAGUAAAGCCACUGGUUGGCUGUUUGAGUACCAGUUUGUGUACUGGGAAAUGUGAAAACUUACUAAGUAAAGCUGUAUUUAUUGUAAACGUUCUAUUUAUAUUUUACGUUUGUUUUUAUGUGCACAAGGUUCUGUCAAAAUGGGCUUCCAGCUGUAACACACAGCUUUUAUUGGGUUACUUUGCCCAGAAACACUGUGUUCAGUUCUUCUUAUUGUUGCUUGUGUUAUAUUACUGUAAAUACUGUACAUGAAGAGGUGCUGGGACACAUGGAAAAAA